AUGGCAGCCUCUUGUCUCCGUUUUUCCCGAUUGUCUCCUUUCGGGAGACAGGUGGAGGGUCUUCUUCUUCUCACGCAGUCGCGCGCCGCUGCUGGCCGAUCUGCCGCUUUCGCGUCUCUCCCGUUCUUGUCCACUUCGCCUGCCUCGCGCGAGGCUCUUACCUCUGCGGCGUCUUUUCGUUUUCUCUCGCCUAUCCAGGGAUUCGCCUCCGGAAAACGAAACUUCUCCAAGGAGACAGACGCACAACACAGUCCGUGCCUCGUGACCAAACCCGCCCCGGACUUCACUGCCGACGCCGUCAUGCCCAACGGCGAGAUUGAGAAGGUGACUCUUUCAGAGGUUUGCCGCAGCGGGAACGGCGUCGUCCUCUUGUUCUACCCUCUGGACUUCACCUUUGUGUGCCCGUCCGAAAUUCUCGCGUUCAAUGCAGCCACGGAGGAAUUCGCAAAACUCGGAUUCAAAGUUCUGGGUGUCUCUGUGGACAGCGCGUACACCCACCAAGCGUGGAUGCGAACGCCACUCGCAGAAGGCGGAAUCAGCCAGUUGAACUUUCCCCUCGUGUCCGACCUCGACAAGUCGAUUUCUCGCAACUACCACAGCCUGUGGAACAACUCCGUGGCGCUGCGAACUCUCGUGAUUUUGGACAAAACCGGGAAAAUUCGCCACCUGACCAUGAAUGACCUCCCCCUCGGGCGCAGCGUUCACGAAGCGCUACGCGUUUGCGAGAUGAUUCAAGAAGUCGAGAAAAACGGCGGAAAACAAGUAUGCCCCGCGAACUGGCGAAGAGGAGAAAAAAUGAUGGAGGCCUCGUUCGCCGGCGUCAAAAACUACCUCGGCCAACUCAAAGCCAAAGUCGAAACCAAGCUGUAA